AACGCACGUGUGGAGCUUCCCCCAACGCGUGCAGUCCAGAAAGCAGGAAGCAAGUCAAACCUUUCAUUAUGUUUUUGAUAUUUAAAUCGCAGUUCGAACUGGAUUUGCAUUCAAUAGUUUAAUGAAAUCGAUUACGUCCAAACGACCCUGAAUAUCACGAAAAUUGUUAGCUUAGCCUUUAAGAAAGGAAUUAUUACGUAACUAUCUCUCACUGCUAUUGGAUGUGGUUUCUUCAUUUGCUUCAAGAGUUUUGAAUAUUUAUGAGAUAUAUUUUUAUCGAAAUGUGGUUCUGUGCUUGAGCUGUUAGAGAAAAUGUUCUCGCUUCGGUAUGUAGCCGUUGUUGUGCAUUUUGCUUUGGUUGGAAUAUGUUUAAGAACGUUUUGUAUGUUUUCACCACCAUGUUUAAUUUCAUAUUACACAGUAUUUAGUCAAGUGAUACUUUUUUUGAUGAUUGCCAACUUUACGUACGAAAUUUGGAACCAUUUGUAUUUUACAAGAAGGAUUAAACCAAAAGAUAAGGCUGUUCUCAUAACAGGAUGUGACAGUGGUUUUGGACAGCUUUUAGCCAAAAGAUUGGACCAUCUUGGAUUUACUGUUUUCGCAAGUUGCCUUGAACCUAGCGGUAAAGGAGCAACUUUUUUGAAAGAGAACUGUUCUGAAAAUCUGGUAGCAUUUAAUCUGGACGUUAGGAAUGAUAACAGUGUAACCAAUGCAGUGAAGUUCAUCAAAAAGCAUCUGGAAUCUUCGGGGAAAGAUUUGUGGGCAAUCGUCAAUAAUGCCGGAGUUAUUUCUGGAUUUACAUCGGAAUUAAGUUCAAUGAGCGAUUUUAUCUUCUGCACAGAAGUAAACACUUUGGGUCCAGUUAGAGUCACUAAAGCAUUUUUACCUCUGCUCAGGAAAUCUCGAGGGAGAGUAAUUAACCUUAACAGUAUGGCAGGAAGAGCAGCUCUAUUUAUAGAAAGUCCUUAUUCUGUUAGUAAGUAUGCUUCAGUAGCAUUUACGGAGUGUUUAAGACAAGAACUGGAUAUGUGUGGAAUAGAAGUUAUUUCCGUUGAACCAGAAUUCUUUCGGACCCCAAUGACUAACCGUGAUACCAUAGGAAAUCAAAUUGACAAAGUGUAUGCCACCUUGAGUGAGGAAAUCAGAACUGCAUAUGGCAUUAAAUACCUCAACUAUGCAAAGCUGUUCGCCACGUUUAUAUUCGGUAAUUCCUCAGGAAAUGUUCAUGUAGUAAUUGAUGCAUUAGAAUCAGCUGUAUGCCUGAAACAUCCUGCUGCUGUUUACAAGCCAUGCCGAAAUAUAAUAUCUAAAGUUAUUUUCUAUACCAUAGAACGGAUACCGAAUGGCCUUAAAUAUUUUUGUGCUAAGAUACUUUUUGAAGUAUACAUGUUUUUUCAAACUCUUUAA